UGUACUUUCUUCGUUUCUCAUACAUGUGAAGGCUCGCCCAAUAGCAGUGACACGAGUGCAUAGCACAGUGGGUAGCACACGAGAGCACAGCGAGCAGGAAUGAUCAACCACCAGCGCGGCUAGACUGGGGCUGCUGGUACGCGCUACACUUAAGACAAUGCAGACGCACGUCUGGCGCUCGCAUACCAACCGAACUGAUCGUGCACUAAACGAAAGAAUCACUGCUGCCGGCGACGAGUUUUACGAAGGAACGCAAAAAGCGAGGGAGCGACAAAACACAACACGGAACAACAGGUUGUGGACACAGAGCACAAAUAAAAGUGCGAAGCUGCUGUUGGUUUAGGGGUGGCACAAGCAAAGCAGCACGACGACACACACAAGCGCACACACUUUCAGUUGAGGUGCACGAGCACCAGAGGAAGUCUAGGUGUGUGUGUAUGUGUGUGGAGCGAAUGGAAGGCUACAAAAGGAUCGCAAUACCUUGCGUUGGCAUCAUUUCUCAAACAGCUACCGUGCGAUAAACACUUGGCACACUUGCUACGCCAACAAAUGAAGACCGGCCGAACGAACGCGUUUCUAUGUCGGUGAAGAAAAAUAAUAAUAAUAAAAUAAAAAUAUAACUGAAAACUUGUUCGCGUCACUUGGCUUGGCGUUCGCUUUACACUCGGAUACUGAAAACGUUUACACUUGUUCAACAACUUAAAACACACGCUCGCGACUCUACCAUUGAGGAAUCAACAGUAAUACACGCGCACUACUUCCAAAAGCUCUACCUCAACACACACAACAUACACGUACAACAACAUGGCUGUGGACGGACAACGUUUCAUGACCAAAACACAACACUACCGUAAGGUAACAAAACCACUCUUGGAGCGCAAGCGGCGCGCGCGCAUGAAUCUGUACUUGGACGAGCUAAAAGAUCUCAUUGUCGACACGAUGGAGGCGCAAGGUGAGCACAUUGCCAAACUGGAGAAGGCCGACAUACUCGAGCUGACUGUGAAUUAUUUGCGUACACAUAAACAUGAAAUUGCGGCGAGUGUUGUACAACAACAGCAAAACGCAGCUAACGCUAGCGGCGAUACAACGGGUAUUAAUGUGGAGAAAUUUCGUGCCGGCUAUACGCAGGCUGCGUAUGAAGUAUCGCGCGUGUUUGCCACAGUGCCCGGCUUAGAUGUGAAAUUCGGCACGAAACUUAUGAAGCAUUUGGGUUAUCAACUUAAGGAUUUGCAGCAGCCGGCGGCGCCACUAACGGCAGCCAACAAUGAGGAGGCGCUCAAUUUAGAGGUUGUAAAGCGUACAGCGCCAACAGCGCCAACAAUGGCAACAACAGCAAUUGGGCAGAGAUUGCAAGCGGAACACGUGAGACGCGCUUAUCUACAACAACAACAACAGCAGCAGCAACAGCAACAACAACAACAAAAACAACAACAUCAGCAGCAGAAACAGCAACAGCAACAGCAGCAAUUUCAACAACAAUUAAGCGGUGGUAGGCAACGCCUGCAUGCUAUGCACCAAGAGGAGAACGAAAACGUAGGCGAAGGUGAGUGCUUGUGGCGUCCGUGGUAGUAGAUACACGUGUGCAGCUUGCGAAAUGCUUCAGCGUAAUUCAUCAACGAUAUAUAAAUAUACAUAUUUAUGUAUGAAUGUUCAACAGCCAGUGGCUUUAAUAGUUUAAUAUUUUGAUAGUAGGGUAUGUAGUGAAGUAAGUAACCUUAAGUAAGUUCUCAAUACUCAAUAUCCCAUCAGCUUUAUUCUUGUAAGUACAAAUUGUCAUUAUUUGAUUAAUGUAGUAGUUAAUUCACUGUUAUAAGUAGAUAUGCAUGCGCUUCGUAGUGUUAAUGUGAUUUGCCUGUGAUAACCGCCAACACGACUCAGUUAUCGAUUGGUCUGUUUGUAAACCGAUCUCCAAAUAUCCACGAGUUCUUCCUAAUUUAUUAGUUUAAAAGGCCUUACAUAUAUGUAUGUAAGUAAGAUCAACAGAUAUUUAGCUUUUUAGUAAAUAAUUUUAAGUGAUUUAAUGCUUCCAGUUUAUACUAUUUGAUUUAUUCAACUUUCUUCCAGUUUUAAUCAAAUUUAUUUCGUUCAUUAUUAUUGUAUGUAGGUAUGUAAAUAUAUAAGUAAGUUGUUCAGCUUUAAAAUAAAUAUUUGUACAUUUCGUUUUGACAAACUAUUGGUAACAUUGCUUUAAAAUUAUCUUACAAAAUGCCUUAUUUUAAAAUAUUACUAACAUUUU